GCGGCUGCUGCGGUGGGCUCGCUAGCCGAGGAGGGGUUCGGACGUCGCUGUCCCCGAGUCCGAACUGUGCGGGUGAGACCGUCCCCGGCCAGCCCGUCGCACAGACGCUCCCCGCGACGGAGUUAAGACCGGGUGGCCGGGAAGCUGAGGUGUGCGCGGGCGCCGCGCGGGAGCCCGUGUCACGAGUGGCCCUUCAAGCAGCGCUCCCGGCAUCGCGCUUUGGGCGCCAGGGCGCCGCCCUGCACACCCAGCCCACCGGGGCCGUCGUCUACCCUGCUCCCGCAGGCCCAUGCCGAGCGCCCCCUCCGUCGGGGAGGUUUCCUCCCCGGUGUCUUGAACGACAGAUUCUUUACAUUUAAUGACAGAUCUCCGAGGCUUUCCCGGACUCCGAACACGCUCUAAGGAGCCAGGUCAUAUGAACGCAGGUUUCCUCGUUGCGAAACGCAAGUUACCUGCGUUGCUUUGAGCGUCCGUAGAACAAAACAUGUUACUAACAGCAGGACCGGUCCCUGUGGGUACUUCGGGGAAUGGUUCAAAUCGGAUCACUCUCUGAUCUCGAGGGCAAGUGCCUCAGUUUCAGUCUUGGAAGCCUUUAAAUGAAACUUGCUUAAGAUCUUAGAUCAUACACAGAAGAGAGACUCCAAGCAACAAUAAGGUGGAAAAGAAUGAUGUCCUUACAUAACCUACAGAAUAUCAUCUAUAACCCGGUAAUCCCCUACGUUGGGACCAUUCCAGAGCAGUUAGAUCCUGGAACUUUGAUCGUAAUAUGUGGGAAUGUUCCUAAUGAUUCGGACAGAUUCCAGGUGGACCUGCAGCGUGGCAGCAGUGUGAAACCUCGAGCUGAUGUGGCCUUUCACUUCAAUCCACGUUUCAAAAGGGGCAACUGCAUUGUUUGUAAUACUUUGAAAAGUGAAAAAUGGGGGUGGGAAGAGAUCACCUAUGACAUGCCUUUCAAAAAGGAAAAAUCUUUUGAAAUUGUGAUUAUGGUGCUGAAAGACAAAUUCCAGGUGGCUGUAAAUGGAAAACAUACACUGCUCUAUGGCCACAGGAUUAGCCCAGAGAAGAUAGACACGCUGGGUAUUUAUGGCAAAGUGAAUAUUCACUCAGUUGGUUUUAGCUUCAGCUCGGAUGUAAGAAGUACCCAAGCAUCUACUCUGGAACUGACAGAGGUAAGUGGAGAAAAUGUACAGAAGUCUGGCAUGUCACAGUUGACUCUGCCAUUUGUUAGGAGAUUGAACUCCUCAAUGGGCCCUGGGCAAACUGUCGUCAUUAAAGGAGAAGUGAAUACAAAUGCCAAAGGCUUUAGUGUUGAUCUAAUGUCUGGAAAAACAAAGGAGAUUGCUCUCCACUUGAAUCCACGCCUGAAUAUUAAAGCAUUUGUAAGAAAUUCUUUUCUUCAGGAUGCCUGGGGAGAAGAAGAGAGAAAUAUUACAUAUUUCCCAUUUAGUCCAAGGAUGUACUUUGAGAUGAUAAUUUACUGUGAUGUUAGAGAAUUCAAGAUUGCAGUAAAUGGUGUACACAGCCUGGAGUAUAAACACAGAUUUAAAGAGCUUAGCAAUAUUGACACACUGGAAAUUGAUGGAGAUAUCCACUUACUGGAAGUGAGGAGCUGGUAGCUGACUGACUGCUACAAAAACUGAAAUACAAAAUGGCUUAUGUAACACUGCCCUUGUUACAAGGUAUCUAUCAUUAUAUUGUUUCUAUAUAUUGUUAAAUGAGCUUGUAUAACAUUAAGUUCUUCUGGGUAUUCUUAGUACUUCCCAUGCAGUCCGGCACAGAAAGGAAUUUCAGGCAACAGCAACUUAUAGUCAUUAUUAAGGCCUUUCUGCUCUUUUUUAAAUGACCUUCACAUUCAACAAGUACUUAUUAAGUGUAAUAAGCCUACUGUGUAAUAUAGCUAACACACACUGAGCACUUACGUUUUUGCUAGCACUGCGCUGGAAGCUAGGGAUACACACACACAGGAGUGCACAAAACCACAUUUCUCCGUCCUGUCCUGGAGCUCAGAAUCUCCUGUGCUCUGCCAUUGUGCCACUGAUUCCCACAGUAUCACAUAUAAAUUCACCAGAUGCUUAGAAGAAUUUCUCAGCUAUUAAAUCACCUAAAGACUAAUUUAGAGAAGACAUUAUUUCUCCAGCAAUGGCUUUCAUAACCAAUGUUCUGUCAUACUCUGUAAUUGAAAAGAUUGAUGUUGACUUAUAUCUGGCAAUUUUCUCCAGCAGAAUACGUAGCUCUGUUAGCUGUUAAGCAUUAUCAAAUAAUUAACGUCAUGAAAUCAGAAUGUAACACAAAGAUUAAGGCAAGAAACAAAGCAAAACAAAAACGAAUGGUGUUUAAAUGAACUUGAGGUCAAUCCCAAGGUCACAGAUUUCUAUACCAGUAAGUACUUAUUUUAGAAUAUAUGAAUUUAGGAUAAGUCAAAGGUCUGCACAUACUCCUGUACAAAGUUUUUGGUAGAAGAUGAGUUUAAUUUGUAAAAUGUUUAUGGGUAAUUGGCAGUAUCAAGAUUAAUGAUUGUUUAUAAAAUAGGCACUAUCAGAAAACUAAAAUAUAACCAGACUAAUGAAAUAGAGAGGCAAUAUAAAAAUCUGUUGUUUGCAAGCAAAUCAACACCACCUUUUUGCUCUUCUGAAGAUUAGUCCAUCAUCAUUAGUGACUUGAGAUCAAAACGUUGUUCUGCUUUAAGUGAUUAAAAUCAAACCUGUGUCAGCAAGUCAAA